AUGAAGGAUGUCGCGGAGUAUCGUGAUCUGAGCGGCGCCGGCUUGUCCAUCGGGGGCUACCUGCUGGAACGCCUGCAGGACCACGGCGUCGGGCACGUGUUCGGCAUACCGGGCGACUACGUGCUGUCGUUCUACACGAUGCUGGAGGAGAGCCCCAUCGAGGCGGUCGGCUGCACGCGGGAGGACUGCGCCGGGUUUGCUGCGGACGCGUACGCUCGGGUGCACGGCAUGGGGGCGUUGUGCGUGACCUACUGUGUGGGCGGGCUGAGCGUGUGCAACUCGGUGGCCGGGGCUUACGCAGAGAAGUCGCCGGUGGUGAUGAUCACCGGCUCGCCCGGCCUCCGCGAGCGGAUCCACAACCCGCUGCUGCACCACAUGGUCCGCAACUGGCGCACGCAGUAUGACGUGUUCGAGAAGCUGUGCGUGGCGGGCGCCGAGCUGAGCGACCCGCUGAUCGCCUACCGAGAAAUCGACCGCGUGCUGGCGGCGUGCAAGAGGUACAGCCGGCCGGUCUAUUUGGAGAUCCCGCGCGACAUGGUGCACGUGGUGCCCAACGCCAGCCCGCCGUACUCGCUGCCCAACCCGCAGAGCGACCCCGAGGCGUUGGAAGAGGCCGCCGAGGAGACCGCCGCCCGGAUCCGCGCCGCCAAGCAGCCGGUGCUGCUGCUGGGCGUCGAGAUCCACCGCUUCGGUCUGCAAGACCUGGCGCUCCGGCUGGCGGAGUCGGCCGGCAUACCGAUCGCCGCCACUAUGCUCGGCAAGGGAGUCGUCGCGGAGACGCACCCGCUCUACAUGGGCCUGUACGAGGGCGCGCUGGGUCAGGCGGAGGUGACCAAGUACGUCGAGGGCAGCGACUGCGUGCUGAUGCUCGGGACCUUCAUGACCGACAUCAACCUGGGAAUCUACACGGCCAACCUCAGCCUGGGCGACUGCAUCUACGCCACCAGCGAAGAGCUGCGCGUGCGUCGGCACCACUACCACGACGUCCGCCUUGAGGACUUCCUGAAGCGGUUGGUCGACAAGGCGCCCCGCCCGACCCAGACGCCCCCGCCGGCGCCGACCGAGUCGUCCGAGCGGGAGUUCACCCUGCAGCCGGACGAGCCGCUGUCGGUCACACGGCUGAUCGAGCGGCUAGACGAGCAGCUGGCGGGCGACACGGUCGUGAUCGCCGACAUCGGCGAUUCGCUGUUCGCGUCGACCGAGCUCACCACCCACGGCAGCACCGAGUUCAUCAGCCCGGCCUACUACACCUCGAUGGGCUUCGCCACGCCGGCGACGCUCGGCGCGUGUGUCGCGCGGCCGGAGGCGCGGGUCGUGGCCCUGGUGGGCGACGGCGCCUUCCAGAUGACCGGCGCCGAGUUCAGCAGCCUCGCCCGACGGGGCGCCAAGGCGGUGGUGAUCGUGCUGGACAACGGCGGCUACCACACCGAGCGGCUUCUGCACCCGGGCGACUACCGCUUCAACGACAUCCAGCCGUGGUCCUACUCGAAGCUCCCCGAGCUGGUUGGGGGCGGCAAGGGGUACGAGGUGCGCACCGAGGGCGAGUUCGACGCUGCGCUCCGCGCCGCGUGGGCCGACGACUCCGGCCCCAGCCUGAUCCACGCCCGCCUGACCGGCGAGCCGAGCCAGGCGUUGCGGAAGUUGGGCGAGCGGAUGCAGAGAACGGUUGUGGGGAAAUGA